UCCCGUGGAGCAUAUGCAUCACUGAUCGAUUGAAUGCAAAAAUCAAACGUAAACACGAAUAUUCCAUUUGAAUGGUAAGCAGCAAUGCUACCAUUUUCGAUUCAUCCAUCAAUGUGAUUGUGAGGUAUUUGAAGAGCUGGCGGAAAUAAUAACAGCUGCUUUUUUUUUCAAAAUAAACGAACCAAGAAAAUAAAACGAACAUUCAUACGAGUGGAAGAAACAGGCGAAAGAAUCGCGAGGGAAACUACAUGAAAUAUAAAAGGAACGAAGAAUAAUCAAUAGCGAAGCGAAAAAAACUCACAAAAGAGUUUCAGAUCCAGAUUUCAGUCACGGAAUCUAUUUAAUCAUAUUGGGGAAUUUAAAACAGUUUUUUUUUCUCUCCAUUCUGUUGUAAAACACGACACAAGACAAGGUAUUCACUUGCUGCAAGCAAGUAAAUUCGCUUGCUGUCGAUUUGUGUCAGUUGAUAAGCGACCAUGGCUGUUUCGAACGAAGAAAAUGUUUACAAUGCCUUGCGGGGACAUUUAAGCGCAAACAUAAAGUUACCGGCACCUCUAAUCAUCAAAAUAUACGUAGCAAGCACAAAAAACGAAUUCAAAGUCGAGAGACGCAUCCUAUUGGAAGUAAUUGGACCUGAAUUGCAAUCAAUUUACGAUGAUCGUCAAAUUGAGAUUGAGUUCGUCGACAUGCAUUUUGGUACUGGGCCAGGACAUUCGAGUGCUCUCACUGAUUCCGACCCGUACAUUCUCGACGAGCAUCUAAGCGAAAUUGACGUUUGCUCUCGGGUCUCGAAAAGCGUAUUUUUUCUUACAUUAAUUGGUAAUAGCUUGGGAAAACUGCAUCUACCAAUCCAAAUCGAUGAAGAUGUAUUCGAAGCGAUCCAACGGCACGCAAAUGACGCCAACCUAAUGAACGAAUGGUAUCAAUACAAUGCAGAAACACAUACAUACACACUACGAAAAGAUUAUAGAGAGAAAGAUUUGAAUAAAAAAUGGAUGGGCGAUGUUGAUCGACUACGAACAAUAAUAAAUACAGCUAUUACAUCCAUUUCGGAUUGUACAACAUCAAAUGAAUCGACACUGUUACGUGAUAAAUUGAAAGCAAUUCAGAUUACAGCCACGGAAAUGGAAAUUCACAAAGCGCUCGCACUACCAAACAAGCGAAUACUGGCUGUAUUUCGGGAGUGGACAUCAUUAUCAUCAUCAUCGCCGAAUAUUACUGAAAGUACUAAAGUUGUAGCGGCUCGUGCAUCACGUGAUAAAAUCAGAAAGAUAAAAAGUUCGCUUGCCGAACAUGUGCCUGUCGGACAUCUUGUCACAUUAAACGUGAAUGGUGAACCAGUAGAUAUUGAUCCAGAGUGUGUGAGCCAUGACGAAUAUUUGACCGAAUUCAAGAGCAUUCUAAUUACAACACUACGAAAUGCCAUCGAUGAGGACAUAUCCAACGAUCCAGAUUGCAUAAAAGGACGCAAAAAAACCGUACAGGAAAUUUUCCAUGAGCAUGCCAUCCAUUUGAGAUGCUUGAACGAGCAUUAUCAAUCGAAUAGCCUAUUGUCAUCGAAUGUGCCCGAACUAAUUAAAUCGAACAUUUUGAAGUGCUAUCGGUCAGCUAGUCGACAUGCACCGUACUUUAUAUAUGGUAAACCUGGUACUGGCACAUCGGCAUUAAUUGCCGAACUUUAUACGAAUGUGACACAAUGGUUUGACAGCAAUACAAAAGUAAAUCGGGUGAUACGAUUUGCAUCGACCACACCACGUUCGGCAUACGGUUUAGAAUUGUUGCGCGUCAUUUGUCAGCAAAUUUCCAUCAUAUUCAAUAUACCCGAAGGUUAUCUACCAAAGGAUGCAUCAUUCGAUCCCGUUUAUAUCAAUACAUGGUUUCAACAUUUGAUGCGACGUUGCGAAGAUUUACGAAAUGAAGUGCUCAUCCUAUUCAUCGAUGAUAUGCACAAAUUGAAUCCAUUGGAUUGUGAUAAUGUGUCGGCAUUGUCUUGGUUGCCAAUUAGUUUACCAUGGAAUGUCUAUUUGAUUUGCACGACUAAAGUAGCAACCGAUGCAUUGCGAUUGACGCAAAUACAAAAGGAACGAUUUAAACAAUCGGAUUCACUGUACGAUCUCAGUGCUGAUGCAAAUCAAACGGUACUACGAAAAUGUCGGACAAACGAAACAUUUACCGACUAUAUUAAACGAAAUUUUGACGAACUUGAACGGAAUUUUGGUGCUAAGGGUUUCGGACGAUUGGCCACGUAUUUGACGUGCACCGAAUAUGGACUUACCGAAACAGAACUAUUGGAAUUAUUGAUGCCGAUACACAAUAGUGAAGCGAUUAUCGACAGUAGCCAAGGCGAUUUUAACUUUUCCACAUUUCGUCAUAUUCGAAAUCGAAUGAAAGCGAUAAUUCGUCAGAAAAUCAUGUCUGGAAAAGUAUUGAUCGAGUGGAAGCACAGAUUGUGCUCGGAAUUAUCACGACAACGGUAUAUGGAUCAUGAUAUAACGCGAACAGUUCACAUUGAAAUCGCAAACAUUUUCUUCAAUCAAGAGCAAGAAGACAGCGACGAAAUCUCCAGUGAACAUAAUAGCGCCGAUAAUCCAAGCGAUUCGGUGAGCAAAUUGUACAAUCCAUCGGGCGUUGACGUUUCAUAUAGUACGCGUCAUGUGGAAGAAUCUUGGCAUCAUCUGAUGAAAUCGGAGGAUACGCAAAAAUUCAAACAAAUUGCCGUUUGUAAUUUUGAUUUUCUAUUGGCAUCGGUUCAAACCGUCUCAAUUAGCUAUUUGAGAUGUCUGAUCGAACAUGUGCGAUGCUAUAUUCUAGAUCGCGAUAUUGAAUUGGUUUAUUACACAAUUCGAAAAUCAAGUGAUGUGCUAACAAGGGAUCCCAUGCAAUUAGGCGCUCAGCUAAUUUCAUGGCUACGUCCGAUAUCAGAACAUGAUGAAAAUGACACAUCUUUACUCAGCAUCACUGUUCGUUCAGCAACCGCAUGGUGUGAUGGAAUCACUUCAGUUCCACUACUGGUUCCACUUACUGGCUGGCUUCCGUACCCUCUUCCAUCUCAAAUUCGAACAAUGACAGUUUCAGGCACUGGCGCAAUACGUUCAAUCGUGAUGGCACCAUCAAAGCAACAUUUAGUUAUUGCACCUCAAGUUGGCGACGCUCAAUUAUGGCAUAUCAUGAGCAAUAGCAUAGUUCACACAUUCAAAGGUCACAAUGGAGCUAUUACGUCGAUGAUUGUCCCACAGCAAUCACAAUAUCUCUUAACUGGAUCCGAAGACACAUCGAUCAUUGUAUGGGAUAUGAAAACAUUGUGUAUGAAAUUAAGAAUUAGGGAACAUAUUGCGCCUGUAAUUUGUGUUACUUCGGCUAUGGAUAAUACUAUUAUCAUAAGUGGUAGCGAGGAUUCCAGCAUUAUACUAUCGUCAUUUUCAACGGGAAAAUUGAUAACAAAAAUUGAUCAUCAUCGUGGUCCGGUGAGCGGUUUGCAAGUGAGCCAUGUUAGUGACGUAUUGGUUUCAUCGAGUCAUGAUGCAAGCGUUUGCCUUUGGUCAUUGGAUGAUUUCACAUUGUUGAACACUAUACAACUCAAUAGCCCAAUAUUAAAUAUUCAAAUAUCCAGCGAUUCGGUAUUCUUAUUGGCAUAUUGUAAAGAUAAUGGACUUUAUUUGCGAACAUUGGCAACUGGCACCGAAUUGCACAGUCUUAAAGGACACAAAUCAAAGGUACGUGCCAUUACCAUGGCGAUGGACAGUCAACGUGCAAUUGUCGGUUGUGAUGAUACGCGCGCAUUAAUAUUCGAUAUGCAUUCCGGUCGAUUAAUUCGUUCACUGCCGCCGAAUCCAGGCCCAGUGACAGCGUUAUACGUAUCUAAAAUGGACGACUUCCUAAUCACAGCAGGCGGAAACAAAAUCACAUUUUACUCGUUUCGAAAUGAAGAGCCACGGCCGUAUCCUCGUCGAAAUCCAAAAGGGAAGCCAUUGCGUCAGAUGUCACAUUCACAACGUGCCAUCAUCAGUGCGUCACAGCCAGCCUCUUGUUUUGAUAUUUCAAGAGAUUCACAAUUGUCGGCCAUUGCAUCCGGACGAUCAAUUCAAAUUUGGCAAAUAAAUGUGCCACAAAUGACACAAAACUUUGAUGGGCAUACGGGUGCUGUAACAUGUGUCAGUUUUUCACCGAACAGCGAAUUUUUCGCAUCGGGCGCUGAAGACAAAACGGUUAUCGUUUGGAAUUUGGUAUUCAGUUUAGUUGUUACCACAUUUAAGGGUCAUAAUGCUGCCAUUCAGUGUUUAACCGUUAUGAUGGAUUCGCGUCGCAUAAUCUCAGCCGACCGAGAUGGUUUACUUUGCGUAUGGUUGGCCGAAUCAGGAACUUUACUUCAAACAAUACAGGGACCAUAUAAAAGCCUCGCGGCAACAAACAAUAUGAAAUUUGGGGUUUGUACAAAUGGUGAUACGAUUUUGAAAAUUUGGUCAUUAACUCGCGAAAAUGAGAUUUAUUCGGUAUCACAUUCGGGCGAAAUUACAUGCUUUGUCAUAACCGUUGAUUCAUUAUUUGUGAUAACCGGAUCGCGUGAUAUGUCAUUGAAAGUUUGGCAAGCAACCGGUGGUAAAUUAGCUCAAGUAUUGGUUGGUCAUAGUGAUGCCGUAACAUGUGUUGCUGUUUCGGUUGCAAAUAAAACCCAAGUGAUUUCCGGUUCAAAAGAUUGUAAUUUAAUUGUAUGGGAUAUUCAUACGGGCGAAGAGAUUCAUACGUUAGCCGGACAUUUGGCGCAAGUAACAUGUGUUAAAAUAUCGGCCGAUGGUACAACAGCUGUAUCGGGUAGCGAUGAUAAGGUCUUAAUUGUAUGGGAAACAAAACGUGGAUUAGCGUUAACAUCAUUACAAUUGCAUGUGCCAUUCAUUCGGUUCGACAUUAGUUUAGAAUGUUCACGGGUUUUGGUGCAUAUUGUCGAUAGUCCAAUAUUGCCAGUGAUUUGUUUGCACAACACUCCAGCCAGUUACAUUAAAUUACCCACUUAUUCAGCGCCCGCACAAGAUGUUGAAGAUUUACGACCGGCCGGACCCAAACGACAAAUGCGUCGAUUAUUAAAGAAGGAGGUAUCGCUAGACACAUACACAUGGCAAAAGAAAUAUGGCCAUUUGACGAGUUCAGUGAUGAUGGCACAAGUCGAUGAACGGCUUAAGCGACGAUUCAGCGUUAGUGCAUCGAUGGAAGAGAUAUCAAAGAUAGCCGAAAUGAAAACACUUGCAUCGCAAACAUCGCUGGGACCGGAACAGGCUGCACUCGCUCAAUCACAACAUUUCGAUCAACUUGAAGCUCUUUGGAACAAACGAUCGCCACCACGACGACGAAACAAUGCGUCAUUGUCAAGACAAACGUCUUUGGUUGAAGAUCGAAUCGACGAUUCCGAUGAAGAUGAAUUUCAAGAGGAACGAUCAGAUGUGAUUUAAAUGUUAUAACGCAUGACCAAAAUAAGAUGACUAACCUCGAAAUCGUAAUAACUAAUUGGCUACUAAUUACUUUAGCUGCUCGACUGCAUUUCAUCAUCACUUACAAAUAUACACUAUUUACACACGCUAAUUUGGAAAAAAAAAUCAACAAAAACAAGACAUCAUUUAUUGAACAAAUUCCUAGACAAAUUAAGCGAUUUUAACCACAGAAUGUAUUUAUUAUAAAAAAUGACCACAAAUUUGCACGAUUUUCAAUCAAAAUCAGGAAUUGAAUUUUAAACACGAAUGAAAAAUUCACCACACACAUGCACAUGCAUUAAAAGGAUUUAAUUAUUUCGAAUAAACAACAUUGAAAAGACACACACAAUAUAUCUAUAGACAAAUCAUAAUGCACACACGUAAUUUGUUAGAAAUUCUAUUGUAAAAAUUAGUGAGAGAGAAAAAAAUUAAAAAAAGCAUCCAAUGUAAAAUAAUUAUAAUUAAUAUAACAAUAGCUGCAGAGGUUAAAUGUUUUAAACAAUUUUAUUAGUGUUAACGAUAAUCUUGUAUCUAUUUGAAUGGAUAAUUUUAUUAGCAAACACAAGGGAAGUGGAACAUCGAACAGAAUAUAAACGCUAAGUUACGUACUUACGUGCUUAUAGCAUGAGAAACAAUUAAAUACCGCAUCGUAUAUAAACAUACAUAAAUUGUAACAACACAAUUAAUCAGUACCAUCAAAGCACGAUUUAUGAUCGACCAUAUGCACCUGAAUCUCGAUUGCGAUAUCAACCCGUAGAUCAUAGCUGUGAAUGGUAGUGGAUUUUGAUAAUGGCCAUCAAUAGAGCAAUCAAAAUAAAAAAAGAAAUUAGAAUUUUAACACAAUAUAAAUAUACGAGCACGAACAAAAAUGCCCUAUACCGCUCAUUCAUACCCAACUAUUAGUCCAUGGCUAUUCCGCAUACAUAAAAUUCAAUAGAUAUUCAUCACGAACUGGUUAAAAUAAUAGCAUAGUUCUCUCUCCCGUUCUCCAUAUCAUUCGUGUCCUGAAUGGAAAUGAAAAUCAAUUUUAAUUAGAACAUUUAAUCCAAUUAAAAUGUGAAAGUGAAUGAGACUGAGAAAAAGCGAGAAUGCAAUGUGAGAUAGUAUAUUACUUGGUGUUCGUGAACAAAGUCGAAGAGGAGUAAAACAAUAAAUAUCGAAAAAUUAAUAGUUUUACAGAUUUACCGGUGUCCGUGCGUGUCUAGAACGUGUCUCUGACUGUAUACAUACAUAGUGGCUAUUAGCCACAAUACACUUGGGCGGAGGCGCAUUGCAGCCAAAGCCAGAUGGAAUGUGUAAUAGUUUUGCUUGAGCGAUUACAUAAUGGUAACAAUGUGGACUUACUAUAAUCUUUACUGAUGCAUUGGAUCGCGUUUAUAUUAAGGCGCACAUAGUGUAACAGUGGAAUAGAGAGGGAUAGAGAAAGAGAUAGUAUAAAGGCGUAUGCAAUUGUGUGAAUGUGAGCAAAAAAGGAAAAUUUUCGCGAACGACAAUGAAAUCCAUGCACAUCGAGCUAUUAAUUUGCGGUGUGAUCAGUUUAUAUGAAUAUGUACGACAUGGGAAUUGAGUGCGCCCUCUUAUACACAUAUGCCAUCAUUUAUUAUUAAUCCAAAUAUACGGUGUACAGUGCCGUUCACAUUUAAUUAUAAUUAUAAUUGAAUACACGCACGUGUUUGCGUAUUCAUCGUACAUAAACGCAUUGGCCAUUGGGAAAACGCACCGGCGUGCGUGGCACUGUGAAAGAGAAAUAGAUAGAUAAAGAAAAGAGUACGGAUGGAAUUGAACAAUCGGCUGUAUUCACAGCUCUCAAUAGGAGUAAUUUAGAUUUAUCAUCAUAUUACCAAGGGCCAUUUAACUUAAAUAUCAUUCGGUUAAUAUUAUUGUUAUGCGAAUAUUCUAUUAAGUUGGCAAUUUUACAGGCUAUGUUGAACUGAAUUUUUAAGCGAGACAACAUCAGAAAAUUAAAGAAAAAUCAUAAUAUUUAUGUGUGGUCUAUAUUCAUAAAUGAACACAUUUCCACUUAAGCAGCAAUAACUUCAAUAAUACCCAUAAAAUAUUUUGAGCUCUCUCGCACUGAAAACUAUUUCUCGGUUUAUAUCAUUUUUUUUCGCUUUACAAAACGACAUCAUGUAUAUAACAUAAAGAGAAAAAAAUGUAAUAUCAACCAUAUUAUAAAUUUUAUCAUUUAUCGAAUUUGAUGUUGUAAUUUGUAUUUU